CUUCUUCUAAUUCGGGUCCUGUGAUCAGUUCUUCGUUAUGGCGGGAAAAACGUCAUGGAUCAAGCUUUUCCACAAUGAGAUGGCAAGAGAUCUUAGAAAUUUCGAUUCUUACUCAGACUUCGCAAAUGAUGGGGGCAUAGAGGCUGUAGCAGUUUCUGUGGAGUCGAUCCUGCCUGAUGACUUGUUGGAACGAAUUCUGUCAUGUCUACCAAUAGCGAGCAUUUUUCGAGCUGGUUCUGUGUGCAAAAGAUGGCAUGAUAUAGUCAGUUCCAGGAGUUUUUUGUGGAACUUCUCACAUGUCAAAUCACAUAAACCUUGGUAUUUCAUGUUUACGAGCUCGGAUGAGCCGAUUGGUCAUGCCUACGAUCCAGUUCUUAGGAAGUGGUAUGCCAUCGAUCUCCCCUGCAUCGACAAGUCGAAUUGGUUCAUUGCCUCAUCAUGUGGCUUGGUUUGCUUCAUGGAUAAUGACAGUAGAAGCGAGUUACAUGUCUGCAAUCCUAUAACCAAAUGCUCAAUGAAACUACCGGAGCCCUCAGGAUCUAAGUUCUCUGAUUAUAGUGCACUAGCAAUCUCUGCUAACAGGGUUUCACACAAUUAUACAAUCUCUGUUGUGAAAUCUAAGCAAGUUCCUGGAAACUUCUUUCAAUGGGAUAUAUCGAUUCAUAUCUAUGAUUCGGAAACGAACACGUGGGCUACCUCCUUGACUGAAGUGUUGUUGGAGUGGAGAGGUGGCAACGAGAGUGUGAUUUGUGAUGGUGUUCUUUACUUCUUGCUCUACUCAACUGGGGGCGGGAUGUCUGAUCAUCGACACGGUCUCGUUACUUAUAAUAUCUCUAACCGUUCUUCUCAUGGUUUGUUGAUAAAAAGCUUUAUUCCUGCUCCUUGUUCUCUCACAUGUGGUCGAUUGAUGAACCUUAAGCAGAAGCUGGUAAUGGUUGGAGGGAUUGGUAAACAGGAUAGGCCAGACAUUAUUAAAGGGAUUGGUAUUUGGAUUCUUUGUGGGAAAGAGUGGCAAGAAAUUGCACGCAUGCCUCACAAGUUCUUCCAGGGAUUUGGGGAGUUGGAUGAUGUUUUUUCCAGCUGUGGCACUGAUGACCUUAUCUACAUCCAUAGCUAUGGAGCUCCAGCUUUACUCGUUUUUGACAUGAACGUAAAACAAUGGAGAUGGUCACUGAAGUGCCCGGUGACAAAGAGAUUCCCGCUUCAGCUUUUCACCGGCUUUUGCUUCGAACCGAGGCUCGAGAUCAAUCCUUGAUUUGUUUCAGCUUGUGUGCUGAAAAUUUUGGUUGAUUUGGUUCUUAUUUGCUUUCUCUUUUGAAUUUUCUGUUGCACUGAAGAAUCUACAUUCCAUGGAAGAAGUAUAUACAUGUAACUGCAGAUAAAAGCUGCAUUCAUAUUCAUGAAUAUGAGAAUAUAAUUCUUUACAUAGGAAAAUACCUCUCAAGUAAAACAGUUUCAAAUUUGGUGAUUCCUGGAACUUCUUCAAUGAAUCACUCUCUGUUCAUCUUGA